CACAGGAAGAGCUUGAGCAAGUUAGUGUCGUUGGGUCGGCCUAUCAUUUACAAGGAUUUUAUAAUUACUCCUAAAAUGGGAUAGUAUUAUCGGCUUGUCACUGAAUUCAUUUUAUUUUAACUUUGGCACCAUGGUGUCGCUGUCGUGGCCGGACAGUCUGAGCAGCUCUGUACUGUCGCAUGAAAACAUUGUAGCUCUGAUAGUGUUCUUCAUCGUGGGUUCUUUAAUCCGUUUUUAUCAGAAACGACGGGACCUCGCAAAUAUCCCGCCAGGUCCGAAACCGUGGCCGGUUGUCGGGAACUUUGGCGGCUUUUUUAUCCCCACUUUUGUGCAGAGGAGGUUUGGACAACAAGCAGAGAGCACCGACGUAAACGCUGCGGUUAAUUUAAUGAAAAAAGCCGAAGUGUAUGGUAAUGUUUAUAGCCUUUUUGUAGGGAGUCAGUUGGUCGUUGUGCUUAAUGGCUAUGAAGUGGUCAAGGAUGCUCUCUCCAACCACCCCGAAGUGUUCUCCGACAGGCCAAUUAUUCCUGCUAUUACUAUCAUGACUAAACGCAAAGGAAUAGUCUUCGCACCUUACGGGCCAGUGUGGAGAAAGCAGCGCAAGUUCUGCCACGCCACACUCCGAAGCUUCGGCCUGGGGAAGUUGAGCUUGGAGCCUUGCAUCCUGAAAGGCCUGGCUACCGUCAAAGCGGAGCUGCUGCGGAUGAAUGAGGAGUCCGGUGGCGCUGGUGUGGACCUGGCUCCACUGAUCAACAAUGCUGUGUCAAACGUCAUCUGCUCGCUGAUCCUGGGUCAGCGCUUCCAUCACGAAGACAGCGAGUUCUCCACCGUGCUGGACCUGAUGGUGCGUGGGCUUGAGAUCUGCGUGAACAGCCCUGCGGUCCUGAUCAACAUCUUUCCACUGCUGUACCACUUCCCUUUCGGGGUCUUCAAGGAGUUACGGCAGGUGGAAGGAGACAUCACAGCGUUUCUGAAGAGGAUUAUUGCGAAGCACCGGGAAACAUUAGAUCGUGACAACCCAAGGGAUCUCACAGACAUGUACCUGAUAGAGAUGUUGGCCAAGCAAGAUGCUGGAGAGGAGGACAGCAGCUUCACUGAAGAUUAUCUCUUUUAUAUAAUAGGUGAUCUCUUCAUUGCUGGCACUGACACCACGUCUAACUCAGUUAUGUGGUUUCUGCUCUACAUGGUCUCACAUCCUGAUAUCCAAGACAUGGUCCAGGCAGAGAUUGAUGAAGUGGUGGGCAGAGAUCGGGACCCAUCUUUCAAUGAUAAGGGAAGUUUGCCAUUUACUGAAGCCACCAUCAUGGAGGUGCAGAGAUUGACUGUAGUGGUUCCUCUGGCUAUUCCUCACAUGGCCUCUGAGAGAACAGAGUUCAGAGGCUACACUAUUCCCAAGGGAACAGUUGUUUUGCCCAAUCUGUGGUCUGUCCAUAGAGAUCCCACCGUGUGGGACGACCCAGACCGUUUCAACCCAGCCCGCUUCUUGGAUGACGAGAGAAAGUUGCUCAGGAAAGAGUGUUUUAUACCAUUCGGGAUUGGGCGCAGGGUGUGCAUGGGUGAACAGCUGGCAAAGAUGGAGCUGUUCCUGACGGUUACCAGCUUACUGCAGGCUUUCAAAUUCAGACUCCCAGAGGGAGCGCCGCCUCCUCCCAUGCACGGACGAUUCGGCCUGACGCUGGCACCCUGCCCAUUCACUGUGUGUGUGAGCCCUCGUAGAUGAAACAGUGGAAGACUUGGUUUUAACAGAUUUUCUUUGUGCUCUGUUGUCAAGCACCUUGCAAAAGGCCAAAGAUGUUGGUAAAGUCUCCUGGAGAAACAAUAUAAUCUGUAAAAAAUAUAAAAAGUAUAUUUUGAUUUUUAAAUGUAGCUCUUUUGCUAAUUCAAUUAUGGCUGCAUAUCAGAUUUCAUUAUCACUUAAUUUAUUGAUUAUUCAAGAAAUUAUUUAGUACACGGCAUUUCAAGACAGAGGGAUUCCUGUACACUGUCUUGGUUACAGCUGGAAAAAAAAAAGUAUUAUAUUUAUUUACACAACGUUUCAGUCUACACGACCGUCGUCAGGUUUAUAGGCACCAUGACAACACUUUGUACAUCAACAAGUCAAUUAAAGAGAAAACAUGUUACAUGUUUUAUACAGUGUUAUCAAACAUUACAUCAUUAACAUUAAAUUAAUCUCUAAACUAAAUAGGGACACAAGUUUCAAUUUAUCAAAGAACAUUACAUCGUGCAUUAAGUGUGUAAGAGUUGUUUUCAAGUUGUGCUUUCCUCCAACGCACCCGUUACACCUAUUUUUAAUUUGUCCAUAAAAUUUCAAAAAUAAUGACAAAUACCCAUCAGAAUUGAAUCCAAAGUGAUGUCUUACAGUAGGUAUUAAAUCAUAGUUUGACAAGUGCCAAUGUCAACCCUCAAACAUAACAUGAAAUGCAUACAUUAUACUUUAAUCACCAGCAGUCCAUUUCAAUAGUCAUUCACUACUUGGCUACUGCAUCAGACUGCGCCCCCCUAAAGAGCGUCUGUCUGGUUAGGAAUGACAACUUGUAAAAAAGCUUCUGGUUGCAUGGCAAUUAAUGGCAUCUCGAGUGUGAAAUUAUGGUCUGCCAUCAAUGCUAGCUAUUUCAGCAUUAAUGAAAAAGCCACUGUGAAAAAAAUGUUGUAUGGUUGAAGAGAAAAGGAGAUUUCAGGAAAUAUUAAUAAUUUCUAACUUCUUCAGACCUUAAGGGACAGAUAAAGUGCCAGGUGAAUUCGGUGCUCAAGGAAUUUUAUGUUAAACUCCAAUUUGAGACCAAUCACAAAAUCAAGUUCAUGGGGAUUCCUGUGCAGCCCUCAAUCAUGUGCUGCCUCCUGAAAUUGGCUCUCGGUCACAUUGAGAUAAACCUUGAACUUCUGUAUUAAAUGUACAAUGAUAUGAUCCAGAACAGCUGCAAAUCAUCUCAUUUAAAAAGCUGGAACCAGCAAAUGCUUUGUAUAUUUGCUUGAUAAUCAAGUACUAAUUAAGGUAUUUUAUCAAAAUUCUAUUGAUUAUUUUUUUCUCAAUCAGCUGUUUGAGCCACUAAGUAUUAUAUUGAUAUUUAAUUGUUUUACUGUUUUAUGAUGCAUACCACUAAUAAUGGAAAUAAGUGCACACAUCUGUCCAUAUGAUUCCCCCUAUAAGGGCAUUAGAGAAAGAAAGAUUUUAGUUUUCUGUCCAAGAGUUUAGAAAUAUAUUUCCUUACAGACUCUAGAAUGGAUUGUUGGAAACUUGUCAAUAAAAAACUGAUUAUCUGAAUAAUGA